CACACAGGUGACACAGUGUCCCCGCAGGAGGUGGCCGCCCGGGACGGGCUGUACCGGGUGCGGGUGCCCCGCCGGCCCCUGGGCCCCGGAGAGGAGGGGGGCACUGAGUUCGUCACCUCCUUCGUGAGGGCUUGCUCCCUGCUGGAGUCACACCUGUCGGACCAGCUGGCGCUGCACCUGGACGUGGCCGGGCACGUGGUGGCGCUGGCCGUGGUGGCCGCGCCGGGCUCGUGCCGCGGUGCCCAGGUGGAGGACGGGGACCUGGAGCUCUUCAACACCUCGGUGACACUGCGGCAGCCCCAGCCC